UUAAAGCGCGACACCCAACAACAACAACACAAUAGUUGUGCAAGCGUCCGUGGACUCGAGAGGAAAGGUCUCCCAACAACUGACAUGUCUCUUCUGCGGCUAUGUGCUCCGGCCAGAAGACUUGUACUAUCCAAGGGUUUAGCCACAGAGCCCAACUUUAAAGGAUGUUCCCGUGCAGCCAGCGGAGCAGUGGAGGACAAGGAGCCGCUGAAGAAAGCCAAAACCCCGCAGGGUCGUUUGGACGGCCCCGAGGAGGCGAGCCAAUCUGCUCUGAAAAAGUUCCCCGAUGACGUGAACCCCGAAACCAAAGAAAAGGGAGGUCCACGGGGACCAGAGCCCACCCGCUACGGAGACUGGGAGAGGAAGGGCCGCUGCGUCGACUUCUAGUUCCACACACGCAGAAUAAUGUAUAUUUUAGCCGUUGCCUGUUUUUUGCUGGUCACUCAAGUUCUGAGAUCAGAAGGUGAGAAGGAGGUUUAAAUGGUUUCUGAUGGUGACUGUAUUAAUACUAAUACGUAGUAAUGGCAGAAUCCUGGCAGUGUUAUAUGUGUUUUAAAUAUGUGUAGCUUCAGGACACGUUUUGCACAUGAGUUUGGAGGAAUGUAACAAAUAAAACUAAGUUAAAACCGGA